UGGUGGUCCAAAUUCUGGGGCUUGGCUGGAUGCGAUUCCGAGUACGCAUCAUUUCAUUCUCAGCAAUGACAACUUUGUCAACGCUGUUUGUCUGCGACUCGGUAAAGCCAUCCCGUGCUUGCAUUCUUUGGACCAGUGUGUUGCUCAGUGUGGUCAGCCCAUAGACAUUGAAGGAUACCAUGCCAUGACCUGUAAGUGGGGUGGAGGCCCAAUCAAACGACAUGACAGUGUACUCGACUGCUUUUACGACAUGUCCAAAUCUCUUGGAUUCCAUUGUCGCAAAGAGUUGACAGCGCAAUUCGAGAAUAAGCAACGUCCUGACAUCGCCAUAUACAAUUAUAAAGAUGGAAAAAAGCUUCUCUUAGAUGUAACCAUCACCCAUCCCUUGGCGAAGCGGUCAAUCAGUGCCAGUUGUAGCAAACCUGGUUUUGCAGCAGCUGAGAAGGAGAGAGAGAAAGAUAGCAAGUACCUUGUCAAAUCAACAAAUCUUGGGUACUUGUUUCGUCCCAUUGCCCUAGAGGUAUACGGCCGUUGGGGAAACACAGCGGAGACGACACUAGAAGAACUAUCAAAGAAGUCCCCUCAAUCUACAGGCUUAAAUCCCAGCGAAUUCAAGCUACAUUGGAGAAGGAGAAUAGCGAUCAAUCUUCAAAGGGCCAACUCAUCAAUCAUCCAAAACAAGGUGUCUGCCAUCGUUGGAAAGUGUAUCGGAAAUCCUGAUGCUGCUUUUACGAUGUCAGCAAGAUACUUUGGUGGUGACUUUACGUAGUUAGCUGUGAGUUUGUGUAGGUGUGUUGUAGUGUUUAGUUUGUAUUAGUGAUAGUGAUGUACAAGUUUUCUUGCGAGUGACUGUCAGAUAAAGUGUGUUUACCAGUGAAAUUGAAUAAAGUGAGUGAGUGAGGGAGGG